AAAUAAAACAAUUUUUUUUUAUAUUAGGUAGGUACAUUUUAGAUAACUCCAAUCUUGAUAUCACCACCUCCCUACCUACUACUGAAGGGAUAAUUUAAAUUUAUUAACUUUUGUCACAAGAGGGGGAAAAUAACAACCGAAUACGCAUGCGCCAUAGAGUACAAAUCCUGUGACAGAAGCUGAAGUUAACCUUCCGUAAAGUUACGUCGGAUUUUAGCUACGAUUAUAAGGUAUAAAGUUAACCAAGUUUGAACAAGUUUUAUCGAAUAUUUGGCCAUUAAAAGAUAUGAAUGAGGACCACUUCGCUCACACUCGAGGUUUUGGUCCUACUCUUCCUCACUUUGAUCCCGUGGCCAGGACCUUCGGUUUUCAAGAUCACCUGUUCUCGUGACAAUUCCAAAAUCGUCAGGAAAGUCAUACAAAACAAGUGGCUACCGGUAUUAGAAAGAUUUCAGGUAAAACUGCCGUUGGAAUGCCCGUUUCACCCAGCACGCGACAUCUUCGCACCUCAGCACGCAGCCAAGCUGCAACAUCGCUCCUCGCAGUGGACAUGUGCCUUCUGCGGGAAGUCCUUUUACGAGGAACGACAUCUAGACACGCACUUCGACCAGCGACACAAGAACCAGAUUAACAAGGCCGAAGACGCAGUAUGUCUGGCAGACUACUGCGACAUAAUGCGCUGCCAAGUGCUGGUGGCGCACGGCUUGCUGAACGGAGGCAGCGGGCCCAGUACAGACAUCGAGCUAUGGCAAGACGCGGAAGCGGCGAAGAAAGCUCUCGCGCCUGCCUCCAGUAGGAGCGUCGCGAGGGUUCCCAACAAGAGGAGACAUCGGUCCCGAACACAACCUCCAGCCCCCGUUGCGGAUUGUCCUAAGACUGAUUCUGGGAGCGAAGAUCCUGUGACAUACACAGAAACGGAAGACAAAAAGAGAGAUGAAAGCGAAAGUGAUCUGAACCAAACGGCAGAACUAUGCGAUGCAGACACUGUGGAGUCGUCUCUACCACCGGACAGCAGGCAGAGGCGGCUGGCAGACCUGCAGGCUGAGCGUGCUGCUUGCGAUCCAGCACACUUGCAAGGACUCAAGGUUCGCUGCGAAAGAGUCGUACACUCCUGCAUAGCGACGUUGCUGUUGCACCUGACGCAACACCAGUUCAUUGAGCUAGAAGACGAGAUGCAGCGCGCGGUGUGCUGGUACCUGAGUUGUGAUCGCUACUGGGAGGACACGGCGCCGGCUGCGCGGGCGUUUCCCUGGCCUCUUCUUCUGGCGCUCGCUACGGGCUUGGCUCUCGCUCUCUGCAUGUGCUAUUACAUCAUAUGGAUCGUGUUCGACUCAGAGGAAGGGAGCGUUGCGGGCAGCGGGUCUGUGUCAAUGACGACACACUCGUCGCCCGCGCGCGGCGAGCGGCUCGCGGCCGACGACGCGCUCGACGACGAACACGACGACCACUACAUCUACGUCACCUACCCUCCCGACCUCAAGCGUCGACUGCUCGAGAGCUGCUACAAUAGAACAACCCGACUUUGAAACAAACGUUCACCCCAUCGUGCAUGACUACUAGAUUUACGUUGACUUAGAAGUAAUGGAGGCAGUCUGAUGUAGCCAAAUGUAGGUACUGUCAGUGAUGUUAUUCUAUACCUUAUAUCAGAGAAUAAUAAAUAACUAACCUUCAUGUUCAAAUUACAAACCAAUUGUGGAAGUAAAAAACGUAUAGGUACUUGUUUCAAUCUAUAACUAAUAAUUUUCAUAUUUUUAAGGCGUCUUAGGAUGAUUUGUAUUCGGCCCUUCGAGCCUUGUAAUAAAGUUAUGUUUCAACUGAUUUCCAAAAAAAGAGGUGGAAGGAUUAUCCCGAGAUUUCUGGAUUGAUUUGCGUGUUUUUUGUUUUACUAAACAGAGAAAGUUCGCCAGAUGGUCUCAUAAAAAUUUCUGGUUCCAACUCCACAAUCCUGGUUCUGCAGGGUAUUGCAAUCCUAAGGUGUGACUGUGUUUAUAGUUAACUGAUAUUGUAGGUACUAAGAACCGACUUCAUGAGUGAACUCCAAGUCCCAACUCCUUAAUCCUGAAUCCUGAUGCUGUAGAUACUAAACUCUUACUGUGCUGUGGGGAUUCAGUAACUUGACGGUGAAUUGAUAUUAAUAUAUUCAUCACUGAACUCUAAGUCCAACUCCUCAAUCCUAUGAUGCUGCAAAGUAUGGCACUCCUUUUUUUUUAAAUAAUUUAGGAACUGUUGUUGGUGAAUUGAAAUUGUACGUAUCAAAUACCGAAAUUAUCAAUAAACUCCAAGUGCCAACUAACUCCUCAAUCCUGAUGCUGCUGCACUAAGCUAGGCGGGUUUAGUAAACACGAUUGUGAAUUGAUAUUACGAACUUAAACUAAAAAGCUUAAAAUUGAUAUUCUUUAAAAAAACCGACUUCAAACGUCACUACAAAGUGUAAAAAUAAUAUUUUUUGUACACGUAUAUUGAAGUCGGGCGGCAUAAAAAGAAAAGUACGAAACCGACGCGCGACGCUAGGUGACGCUAGUCCGCCUUCAACAAACAGUAACAAAAAAUAUUUUUAGACUUUAUGGUUUUGAUUUUUGAAAAUAAUUUUAAUUUAAGUUAACAAUAUUUCCGUGCCUAUUAAAUUCCUUCUUACCAGGACACUUAUAAAUAAAGAAAACAAAUAGACAAAAUACUUAAGUACCUCUAUUUUUUAAAUUUAAAUUUUUAUAAUUCUUUUGAUAUAAGGUACCUACAUAGUGAAAACCAAGUAAAUUUCAGCACCUGCUAUUUUUUAGAGUACCCAAAUAGAUAGAUAUUUAAGAAUCUAGUCAAAUAAAUCUUUUUAAAACUUAAUAUUUGAUUUUAAAUUAGCUCCUACUUUUAAAAUCAAAAAUAGAAGUAGUUUGCUUGAAACGUUGGUGCCUAUUUUUAUAUUUACUUAAGUAUAAGUGAAAAGUUUUAAACUUAAUUAUAAGCCUUCCCAUCAAUCUCCAGUUUUUUAUGUAUAAAAAAAUUGCCUAACACUGCAGGCUACUGCCGCGCUUGCGAUAAACGGAACAAGUCAAUUUCUCGGCUGAUUUUAGUUAAAUAAGUACGGUCGGCCUCAGAAUUCGAGUUGCAAUUCCGCGAAACUAUUGCAUCAAAAACCUGUCGCACUUAUAACCUUUUUCUAUAAACACGCCACACACACCUAACGUAUGUGCAUAACCGUGCCACGCGUAAUAUAUGUUCAUUAAGGUACUAAAAGACUUACGGCCUUUGACUAUACAUAGAUUCGAAAUCCGCGGAAGAAUCUAUCUAAUAAUAAUCUUACUCAGGAUUUUUUAUCUUGGUGGGAAAUUUCUAAGCAUUGUUUAAGAUAAAAGAAUGUUUUUAAUUAUUAUCAAUUAAAUAAAAAUAAGUUUGACUAGUUAAGUGCAUAAAUUAAUAAAAUAGAUCUAAUUAAAUAUGUACUAGAAUAACUAUGUAAUUGUAUAUUAUCAAAACUUUGCGAGCUGUUUUCUCGAAUUCUUGUUACAGAGACUUACUGCAUUUUUCGUAAGCGCAGCAGAAUAGUUAAACUUAUUAUGAAGCUUAUAAAAUGUAGAGAAACUUUAGUUCCCAAGUGUUUUAAAAAUAAGUAAUGGUUGUACAUGUAGAUAACAAACUAAAAUCAUAGUUGAUGAUGGUAAUUAUGUUGCAAUAAAUAGCUUUGUUGAUUUUUAAUUAUAACUACUGUUUUGUACCUACUAUUUGAAAUUGCAAUAAAGGGUUAUUAUUGACAUAUUGUAUUUUUUAAAGUGCUUGUCGUUGUAUACUUUGGAUUUGGUAGUAAGGAUAUGUUUAAUUUAAUGCUUAAAGCAGCUGUUUUAUUAUUUUAAAAUACUUAUUAAAAAAAGAUAUUUGGCACUCUGUGCUAUGCAAUUUUCACGAGUUGUUUGUAAGAAUUUUAACUUGAAUUUUUUUUGGCAAUUUUAUGGUCCUUUGAGCCGGAUAAUGAACGCAUAAUGUAAAAUGUUGUAUACUAAAACAGCUUGGUCAGUCUAGACUUAAAUAUAUUUAAAAAAAAUAAAGGUACCUACUCCCGCAAAGUAGAGCCAAGUAAAUGUUUUAAAAAUUAGGUUUAACCAUAAAAGCUGUUGCACAAAUACGAUCUAGUAACUUUAGUACCUAAUACUUUAAAUGUUCAAAAGUGUACCUAUGUACCUAAUGGCAAAAGGGACGUAAGGGGACCCGGGUUGAGAAUUGAGAACUAUUAAGUGCAUUUGACUUUGCUCAGACUUCAGUUACAAGUUAAAACGAGACUGAC